AUGAGAUGCGAAAGAAGUGGCACGUAUCGACCACGGAUUAGGAAGUCGAAACGAGAUGACACUGGAUUGAGAAAAUGUGAGUGUCUGUUUAAAUUGUGUGGAUAUCGUAUAGAGAAUGACACAUGGAAAUUUAAUUUGAUUUCUGAUAUACAUAAUCAUGCCUUGACUGACAAGUUAUACGGUCAUCCUAUUGUAUGUCACCUUGUUCUAGAGGACAUGAAACUUGUUUCGGACACGACAUUAAACUUGGUGGUGCCAGAAAACAUACUUGCAUCUUUGAAACAGAAAAUACCUCUAAAUGUUUCAAAUAUCAAGCAAAUAUACAAUGUGAAUGCUCUAAACAAAAAGGUGGUAGGAGGACCAAGAUCUGAGAUGGAACAAUUGUUGAAGCCUUUGGAAUAUGACCAUUAUGUUUCUAGGCAUAUAGUUUGUGAGGAUAAAGUCAUCGUUCGAGAUGUUUUUUAG